AUGAACCCAAGAGCCUUAAGGGAGAUGCGCGGAGGCCCUGCUCCUCCAAAAAAGGAGGGCCACUUCUGGCAGGAGCUCUUCAGCGCCGGAAGUAUGAUUGUCCCCAGCCUGUAUUUGGUCUUCAUGGUGGAUUUGACAAGGCUGCCCAUUCUCAUGAUGACUGUGGCCACUUGCGUACAUUGCCUCGCUUCUGCCAGCUAUCACUGCCAAUGUGCGUACUAUACGACCGACCCAAACUGGGACCACCUCAAGAGCCCUUUGCGCACUGCAGACAUGUGCUUCAUUCAUGUUUGCAUGUUCGCGUACUGCUGCGCAGUCUCGCCCGGAUUGUGGUUCCCAGUGGCUUCAUUUGCCACAAACUCGAGUUGUGUUUUACUCCUGCUGUACCGGCGUCUUCACUGUAUUCCGGGCAGCAAAGCCGACUCCUAUCGCGUCAUUGCGUGCAUCCUUCUCUACACUUCGGCGAUGCUUUGGAGAGGAGAUAUCGGAAACUACGCGGGUGUUAUGGCUUCAUAUGGACUGGGAGGAUACUUGUGGAUCAGAAACGAGAAGCUUGGACACUGGGGUCAUGGGCUUUUUCAUCUGAUGCUGGUGCCCUGCACUUACUGUGUGGUCCAAAGUGCCAGCAUGCCACAAUAA